UACCAGGACCCUCACUUGUCAUCUUGUGUCCUCCCAGGAGUUCUUGUGUCUGGUGUGAAUCUAGAGAUUCAGCCACCUGGAGGGCAGCUGAUUGAAGGAGGAAAUCUGGUCCUUAUCUGCUCAGUAGCUAAGGGUACAGGGACUAUCACAUUCUCCUGGCACAAAGAUGGAGUAACAAGAGUGGGUAGAAAGACCCAGUGCUCCCUGGUGGCGAACCUGCUGGUUGGCCCUGUGGGCGAGCAAGAUGCAGGGCGCUACUACUGUGCGGCUGACAACAGUCUCGGCCCCGUCCACAGCAAAUGGAAGACAGUUACCGUGAAAAUUCCAGCAUCUCACCCCGUCCUUACCUUCAGGAUGCCCAGGGCCCAGGCCGUGGAGGGGGACGUGGUGGAGCUUCACUGUGAGUCCCCGAGGGGCUCUUCCCCUAUCUCAUACCUAUUUUAUCACAAAGACGUCCCCCUGGGCAGCAGCUUGGCCCCCUCUAGAGGAGGAGCAUCCUUGAACCUCUCUCUGACUAUGGAACAUUCUGGAAACUACUUCUGCGAGGCUGACAAUGGCUUGGGGCGCCAGCGCAGUCAGAUAAUGAGUCUCAAUGUCACAGCGUCCAGCCCUGUCCUCACCAUCACAGCUCCCAGGGCCCAGGUUGUGGAGGGGGAUGUGGUGGAACUUCGCUGUGAGGCCCUGAGAGGCUCUCCCCCGAUCCUGUACUGGUUUUAUCACGAGGAUAUCAGCCUGGGAAACAGCUCAGCACCCUCUGGAGGAGGAGUGUCCUUCAACCUCUCGCUGACUGCAGAACAUUCUGGAAACUACUUCUGUGAAGCCGACAAUGGCCUGGGGGCCCAGCGCAGUGAGGUGGUGAUGCUCAAUGUUACAGGGACCUCCAGGAACAGAAUAGGCCCUAUCACUGCAGGAGCCGUUGGGGGGCUGCUCUGCAUCUUUGGCCUUGCUGCUACUGCUGCUUUGCUGUGCCACUGCAGGACCCAAAGGAAAUCAGGAGGACUUUCUGCCACUGGAACAUCUAGUCCCAGUGAGUGCCAGGUGCCUUCCUUGUCCAGUCCCUUUGGUAGAGACCCCCAAGAGCCCAUGCACCAUGAGCCAAGAGACCCACUGGAGCUGCAACCAGUGUACAGCAUUGUAAAUCCCGGAUAUAGCAACACAGUUUAUUCCGAGAUCUGGAGCUUACAGCAUACACAAGAAAAUUUAGCAAAUUCACCAAGAAUGCAUCAGGAGGAUAAGGAACUUGCAAUCUUUUAUUCAGAGUUGAAGAAGACACCCCAAGAUGACUCUGCAGGGCAGGACCAUGAAGAUGAUAUGGAAAACUAUGAGAAUGUCCUAUGUGUACCAUUGGCCUUGGACCACUAGCCCGUUACCCAGAGUGCUUGCAGAAACCCCUGAGAGCAGCCUGUGCCAUUGUCCUGUUCUCUCCACCCACACUUCCUCCCUCUCUCCAGGCUCUGCCUCCCAAGAGUCUGGGCUACUGGGGACAGGAGGCUGUGCAAAGGUCUGUCAGUCUCCUCUGUGCCUAAGUCUGAGUGUUCUCUGGGAACAGAGUGGGCAGCCUCUGAGCAAGUGCUGCAUUCUUUUCUCAGUGGAGACACAUGGCAGGGCAUGACGGCCCUCAGCUCCUAGGGCGGUGGAAUAGAGAAGGAGAGAGAAAUGGUCUAUCUGGGACCACAAUGGCACAGUCAUGACCAUUUGAUCAAAGUGUGAUCAAAAGCUCUUAAUAUGCUACCUCUGUAUAAACACCUUGCUUUCAAUAUUUUGUUUCCUUUUUUGUGUAGCUGAUAAUGGCAUUAGUGAUGUUUUGGUGUAUAUGCUGUAUUCUUGCUAUCAAAUUAAAAGCAACCAAAACAAGUUAUAGGAAAAGAUUUUAA